AUAUAAAUUUUCAAAAUUUAGUCAAUUGUAUCUUUAAUAUAGCAAUAAAUUUUCUAAAUUAAUGGUCAAAUGUAUCUUAAAUAAUAAAUUUUCUAAAUAUUUUGUCAAUCAUAUCUUUAAUACAAUAAUAAAUUUACAUAAUAUAUCGUCAAACAUAUCAUUAAUUUAGUAAUAUAUUUUAUAAAUAUAUGAUCAAAAAUAUCCUUAUUAAUAAUUCUUUUCAAUAUAUAUGGUCAAACAUAUCUUUAAUACAGUAAAAACUCUUUGAAAAACAAUAGAAAAAUCAAACAACAUGUGGACUUCUACCCAUGUAAGCAUCAUUACACCCUAUAUAAUGCUUCACUUUGGCUCCUUACAAUUCACUCUCACUACUUCAUUUUCACUUGUGACUCAUUGCACAAGAGAAUAAAACCAAAUUCUACCAUUCAAUGGAUAUAGAUAGUAUAAUCACAAAUGAUAAAUCGUCUAUGGUAGAUGAGAAAAAUUCAUUAAUUUUUGAUGCAUCCCAAAUGAAACACGGCAAGAAGGAUUGUGCAAUACCACAAGAGCUUCAUGCUCCCCUUAUUGACUUAGGGGGUUUCUUUUCUGGUGACCCUACCACAAUGCAAGAAGCAUCUAGGCUUGUUGGUGAAGCCUGCAAGAGUCACGGUUUCUUCCUUGUGGUGAACCACGGAGUUGAUGAAAAUCUCAUCUCUAAUGCCCAUCGAAACAUGGACAUGUUCUUUAGCUUGCCUCUCUCUGAAAAGUUAAAAGCUGAGAGAAAAAUUGGUGAACAUUGUGGCUAUGCCAGCAGCUUUACUGGAACAUUUUUGUCAAAGUUGCCUUGGAAAGAGACACUCUCUUUUCAAUACUCUGCUAAAGAACACUCAUCGCAUAUAGUUGAAGAGUAUUUCCAAAAGACAAUGGGAAAAAGUUUUAACAAUCUUGGGAAGGUUUAUCAAGAAUAUUGCAAUUCGAUGAGCAAACUUUCUCUAAGGAUCAUGGAGCUCUUAGGGAUGAGUCUAGGAGUACAGAAGGAAAACUUCAAAGAUUUUUUCGAAGAUAAUGAAUCCAUAAUGAGAAUCAACUACUAUCCACCAUGUCAUAAUCCAGAGCUCACAUUAGGAACAUGGCCUCAUUAUGAUCCAACAUCAUUAACCAUUCUCCAUCAAGAUGGUGUUAGUGGACUUCAAGUUUUUGUGGAUAAUGAAUGGCAUUCAAUCAAUCCAAAUUACAAUGCUUUUGUGGUUAACAUAGGCGACACAUUUAUGGCGCUAUCAAAUGGAAUAUUCAAAAGUUGCUUGCAUAGAGCAGUGGUAAACAACUAUAUUCCUAGGAAAUCACUAGUUUUCUUUCUUUGUCCAGACAAAGAUAAGGUGGUGAGACCACCAACCGAAUUGGUGGACUUCAAUAAACCUCGAAUUUAUCCUGACUUCACAUGGCCUACCCUCCUUGAGUUUACACAGAAGCAUCACCCAGCUGAUACAAACACACUUCAAGCUUUCUCAAAUUGGCUUCAACACAAUAAUGUGCAACCUUAAGAGCUAUACAAAUGAAGUUCAGAAUUGAAGAUCUUAGAAUUUUCUUUAUAUAUGUUGAAUAUUCGGUUUUAAAAAAAAAGAUCUUCAUAUACAUUAAUUUUAUCAAGUUAGACCUGAUUAAUAUUGUUUCUUCUGAAGUUGAUGGAAUCUGAUAUAUAUGACUUCAUUAUCUAUUAGUCAAUUACAUUUUUAGUCUUUAAA